AUGCAACAGCACCUGAUGCAGAUGCAGCCCAUGAUGGCUGGUUACUACCCCAGCAAUGUCACCUCUGAUCAUAUCCAGCAGUACUUGGACGAGAACAAAUCGUUGAUUCUGAAGAUAGUUGAGUCUCAGAACUCGGGGAAGCUCAGCGAGUGCGCCGAGAAUCAGGCAAGGCUUCAACGCAACCUAAUGUACUUAGCUGCAAUUGCAGAUUCUCAGCCUCAACCUCCAAGCGUGCAUAGCCAGUAUGGAUCUGCUGGUGGUGGAUUGCUUCAGGGAGAAGGAGGGUCACACUAUCUGCAGCAGCAACAAGCAACUCAACAGCAGCAGAUGACUCAGCAGUCUCUAAUGGCGGCUCGAUCCUCAAUGUUGUAUGCUCAGCAGCAGCCUUAUGCAACGCUCCAGCAUCAGCAAAUGCACCAUAGCCAGCUCGGGAUGAGCUCGAGCAGCGGAGGAGGAAGCAGCGGUCUCCAUAUCCUUCAGGGAGAGGCUGGUGGGUUUCAUGAGUUUGGCCGUGGGAAGCCGGAAAUGGGAAGUGGCGGGGCUGGUGAAGGCAGAGGAGGAAGCUCAGGAGAUGGUGGAGAAACGCUUUACUUGAAAUCAUCAGAUGAUGGGAACUGA